AUGCCGGAGGUCCAUUACACUCCGACAACCAUGGACGACCUCCUUCAACAACUCCAGUACAUUUCGGAGGAGUCUUUGGAGGAUAAUAACUCGGUGAAGUGAGUUUUUAAACUUAUAUUUAUUCAAGGGAAAGCUCCCAAGUGCAACGCUCAGAUUUUAGUAUAAUUUUGGACACACUUGAGGAAAGGUCAAAUUUCAAUUCCUGAAAAAGAAUUUUUUUUUUAUAAAAAGGAGUGUUUUUUGGCCGUAUCUAUUCCUCCACGAUAGAAAUAUAAGUAUGAAACUCGUAAUGAUAAAAUUCGAAAAAGAUUGUCACACGUUUUUCAAGUUUCGAUUCAAAAAUCUCGAUCCUUUCUGCAAAGCGCGGGCUAGAUAUCUCGCAUAUUUCUUAGGAAAAUAAUAUUCUAAAUUUUUGUCAAGUUUCAUCAAAAUCUGAGCGCUCUUAGAGUAUCCCACCACUAUAAAAAAAACUCCAAAGAAAGCACUUUUACAAAAUAAUUUUUCAUCACAAAUUUUAUUGUGUUUCUUUAUGACUUUCAAUUUUCAGUGCCAAAAAGAACGCAUUGUUGGCGCACCCUCUGAAACAAGCGCUGUAUUCGGAGUUGGUCAAUAUCAAAAGGAAAACUGGUAAGAGAUUUGUAUUUGAAAGUUGUGAAGUGGCUCGCAUAAACCAUAAAUUCUGAGCUUGUAAUUAAUUUGAAUACCGUCAAAGCUUCGUAAUUUUCUCUAUAGAGGUGUUUUGAUUUCAGGGUUAGCAACUCUGAAGUUUUGAUGACCUUCAGGUCGAAAUUUGAAAAAAAAAUCAUCAAAUUUUGCAACUUUAAACGUGAGAAAUUGGUGCCUUGCCUCUUAGGAUACGGCCUCUAAUGAUAAGGGAGAUAUUUCAACAGAAAAUAGACGUUUUACACCCAAAAGUACUGGAAAAUCUAGAUCCAAAAAAGCGUUUUUCUUACCAUUGUACUACUAUUACUUAUCCCUUACAAGAUUGCUGAAUAUCUCGGCUGCCCUUGCAAAGCGGGAGCUUAAAUUUUCAAGGAUUAAUUAGUAGCCUAAGCCCAAUGGAUGGGCAAAAUUUCAAGGAAAUACAAAAGUUGCGCUUCCAUCACAUGACUCGUUGUCCCAACCUUGAUUUUCCUCUUUUCCAGCCCUCUCAAUCCGCAAUCAGCCCGACGAAAAUGGCGAGAACCCGGACCUGGCCCGUCUGGACAACAUGCUCCUGGUGGAGCAUGUAAUCGGCCCCGACCCCAGCCAUUAUCCCCAAUCGUCGACCGCCGGGAACGCCUCCACCGACAACACCGAGUACCUGCAAAAGCUGUCGGAAAUCCGCCAAGACUACCAUCAGAAAAUGACCGGAUACGAGAUGGAGUGCAGCAAAUUCACGGAACAUGUCCGCAAAUUGCUCGACGUCCAAGGCCAGGUCCGCCCAAUUGCGGGCCACGAAAUCCAGAGGAUGGUGGGGAUCUGCCGGAAGCGGUUGAGCCGGUUUCAAAUACAAUUGAAGCAGAAUAUAUGCGAGAAAAUCAUCAAUUUGAAGACCAGAAUGUGCGAUGCAAGGUGAGAGUUUAGGGGAGAUUUUUUUUCAAAAAUUGUGAAAAACUAAGGAAGUCGAUUUUUGAGGGUUUUUGAACUUUUUCCACAAAAAAUCAGAAAAUUUUUUAUGAAAGAGUUACGAAUUUUUCUUGGCAAAAAUCAAAACAUUUUUCAUCAAAAAAAUCGAAAAAUUUUUAAAUUUUUAUGGCUUCUCCAUCCGUAUUUUACCUUUCAAAUUUUCAGAAGGAAACGUCGCAAUUUCUCGAAGCAAGCCACUCAAAUCCUGAACGAUUACUUCCACGCCCACAUUGGGAAUCCCUAUCCAUCCGAGGAAGUGAAGGAAGAAUUGGCGCGACAAUGUCAAAUUACAGUAUCCCAGGUGUCGAAUUGGUUUGGAAAUAAGAGGAUCCGGUAUAAGAAGAACAUUGCCAAGGCUCAGGAGGAGGCCCACUUUUAUGCGGCCAGGAGACAGGCGGAAAGUAAGCUAAUCAAUAGUAUUUUGGGCAUUUUAAUGGGGAUUGAAGUGGAAUUACAGCAUGUUAGAUGCAAUUUUGAGGGCUUCCACAUAUUUUUUGUUGAAAAACUUGAAUUUUUUUCAAAUUAAAAAAAAUUUUUUUGAUUUUUUUUGAAAAAAUGUUUCCAAAAAAUUGCAGAAGUCUUUAAAUUUAGAUUUAAAACAUAAUUUAGCAUCUCUUCCAUCAAAAUUAGCAAAAAUCUCAAAAAAAAAAAUAUUUUCAAAAAUCAAUUUUUUCAAAAUUUUCUAUUUUUCCAACAAAAAAUCGGCCACAAAAAUACCCCUAAUAUCAUUUCCACCAAUUUUCCAUCCCUCCAAGACAUUCAAUCACCUUAAUUUAGCCUUUUCAGACAGCCAACAAGCCCUUUCGGCGGCCGCAGCCGCCGCUGCCGCCGGCGCCAUGCCCAUGCUGAACCCGUAUGCGAAUCCCGUCGCCAAUCUUGGUGGGAACCCCCUGACCUCCGGCGCAGAUCCGACCCAAUUCUACAGCGGGCUGCCGACGGAUCUGUCCGAUUUCAAAUACUUUUUGUGA